CAACAUGGCGACACCGGUGGAUAGGGGAUUCAUGGUUGCAUCCAUUGAAUUCGAAAAGACUUAUUCUAGUCAUGCUUUCUCCUUCAAAUCUGAUCAAGUUUACUGAUAUGGGAGAGGAUGACACCAUCAAGGAUCAACUGGAAAAGAUUUAUUAUAUAGAUUCCUUCAAGAUGAUACUUUAUCAAGAUACGGUAUACCUGUUCAAUAUAAAAUGGCGAUGCUGGUUGAGUGGUGGUGUAUUGGAGUACUUAAAGAAAAUAUACUUCACUGACUGCUAGCCAUGACCAACAUGGCGACACCGGUGGAUAGGGGAUUCAUGGUGGCAGCCAUUGAUCUCGGAACGACUUAUUCUAGUCAUGCUUUCUCCUUCAAAUCUGAUUAUUUGCGAGACCCGCUUCAUAUCAACGUUGAAAUUUGGCACGGUGGACACAAUCUUUCCCACAAAACGUCCUCGGUCCUUCUCCUGAAUCCAGACAAGUCUUUUAAUUCGUUUGGCUUUAAAGCAGAAAACAAGUUUACUGAUAUGGCAGAGGAUGACACCAUGAAGGAUGAAUUGGAAACGUUUUAUUAUAUAGAUUCCUUCAAGAUGAUACUUUAUCAAGAUACGGAGAGUGACCAAAUUCAAAAUGGUAUUCGGCGUGACAUGGAAGUGAAUGAUAUUUUCGGAAAACCGAUAUCAUUGAUGUAUGUCAUAAUGAAGUCGAUUUGGUAUCUCAAACAACAUCUUCUUGAUCAUCUGAAUUCCCGUGGGUUUGAAACAGGGGUCAAGGACGUCCGCUGGGUCAUCACUGUACCAGCCGUAUGGACAGAUCAGGCCAAACAGAUAAUGAGGGAAUGCGCAAUUGAGGCUGGUAUACCUAACGAUGCACUAUCGCUGGCAUAUGAACCGGAAGUUGCGGCGCUAUUCUGCAAACAAAUUCCGGUAGAUCAAGUCAGUGGAGCAAACAGAAACAUAUUCCAGGAAGGUGACGGAAUCAUGGUGGUGGAUCUCGGAGGGGGCACCGCUGACAUCACGGUCCAGGAGGUAUCCGGGAACAAGAUGAGGAGUACCUUUACCGUUAGUGGGGGACCAUGGGGAGGUGCAAGAGUCAACGCCGCAUUCAUGAGCUUCUUAAUAGAGACAUUCGGAAAAGAGGUAAUUAGAAGGUUGAAAAGAAAGGAACCGUGGGACUUUCUAGAACUUAUCCGUGAUUUUGAGGUUAAGAAACGAAAUACGGAUAUACUGAAAGAAGGGAAAGACCUAUCUAUCCGGCUCCCUUUAGGACUGCAUAAAUUAUACAAAAAAAUCAACGGCAAGGGCUUUGAAAAUUCCGCUGAUUGUGUUACUUUGAAAAAAGACAAAAUGCACAUCAAACCAUUCAAAUUUGAUAGUUUCUUUCGUGAAACAAUCUCCAAUAUCACGGAACAUCUGAAAUCCUUAUUGGAUGGGAACAAGAUCAGCGUAGCCACUAUUCUAUUGGUAGGAGGGUUUUCAGAGUGCAAACUUGUCAGCGAUGCAAUCAAAGAAGUAUUUCCUCGCCAUCAUGUUGUCAUACCUAUGGAAAGUGGUCUGUCUGUCCUCAAGGGAGCUGUCCUGUACGGUCACCGACCAGAAUCAAUCACCGCAAGGUACUGCCACUAUAGUAUAGGUAUAAGCCUUAACAAACUGUACGACCCUGAAGAGCAUGUUGGGGCUGCGACAUUCAAAUCCGGAGAGACAGUCAGAUGUGGAAGCUGCUUUGAAACUUUCUUCCGUCAAGGACGCAUCGUGGAAAUGGGCGAGAAGGAAACUACCGAGGUGCACAGCGACCAUAGAGCAAGCGACAGGGAGAUGUGGAAGUAUGAUGUCAAGGAAAUUGAAAUAUACACGUCUAAGAAAUCUAACACGAAAUUCGUCACAGAGGCGGGCUGCAACCGCCAUGCAAUAAUUACGAUUGAUCCACCAGAAGGAGGCUGGCCGGAAAUAGUCGACGGGAAAAUCGAAAUGGAGGUUGGCGGAACAGAGGUGAUUGUUCGAUACAUCGAUCAGAUUUCUCAGAAGUCCACAGUUGCCAAACUUGACAGUUUAACAUGCUUUGGCUAAUAGACAAAUACAAACCGGGCUUCCCAUGUCCUUAAUAACACUGUACAGUGAAAUUCAACUUUAACUACAUAUGAUUUUACCGAUACUCUAUCAUAUCCGAAAAAUUGACACUGUCACGUUAUGUGUUGGUAAAGUCAGGUUUCACUGUGUAGGUUUUGUUGGUCGAUAGUAAUGAUGACACCUUAUACAAGAAAUAUGUUGUGAAAGGUCUUGGUCAAACGAUGUCUACUUUAUCGUACUGAUGACAUCAUUGUUAUAAUUUGCGCACGAGUUCACCUGCUCCUUAAUCACGAAAUGAAAAGGGACAAUGUCUAUACAGCUCUAUAGAUCGCAUAUAUUGCAUUCCCAUAUUCAACUCUACAUGGACAUGCACUUUAUAUAAUAUAUCAAGAACGCAGAUGUGGUGCAGUGGUAUAAGCUGCGGGUAUUUCUGGCUAGGCUAGUCUUGGCACGAAUCAAACAGUUGUCUUUCUUCGACAUUUGUGUUGCUAUGUUAUAUAUCUAUUUAUUAGCACAAUGUAUCAUUUACACUA